GCUACUGCAGCUUUGGCCCUGACAGGGUUGACGCAUCCAGGAUCCGGUUGGACAGAAACACAGGCAGGAACUGACCCUCUUACCCUAUCAAUCAAACCCCAGCCCUUGGGAUGAAACUUGCCAGCAUGAGCUGCGAAGGAAGCUUGCAUGGUGCUUCAAUAGUGAUGGAGCUCAUGACGGAAGACGGCGUCGGGAUGAGGAAUCGGUUGGUCGUCGGACAGGCGAUGCGGGGUGUUCGGGGAAGCAUCACGGGAAGUUGGAUCGCCAUCGUGACCGCCGGCGGUUUCUUAUCUCCAGCGACAGAUGCAACCGCCCGGCGAUUUCAACCUACAAAAACAUCUCCCAAUAUUUGAUCUGCAUCCUUGUCUAAAACCAUACAUUCCCGACACGAAAGGGGGGGUGUCGUCGUCAGGCUUUCAUUGAUUCGAAAUACGCGGGGGCGAAUUGAGACUCUAUAAACCUAUAUUGGCGCAGUCCUCGAGCAUGUCGGCCCGAGAACCAUCUGUUAACCUCCAAAGCUGCCGAAACACAGCACAGGGGCUCCGAGCUAACCCUUUAUCAACUGCUGCUCCCCUGCUGUACUUGUUGAGCUGCGUUAACAGAAAAGAAAAAACAAUGGUAUCGAGACUGAUCCUCUUGUUGCCUUCAUCGAUCAGUACAUUCUGUGGAAGCAUUAUCCGAUGCAUAGGAUUUGCCAGCGCUACUUCGUACAAAAAAAGGGUUUGCGAAAGCAGUGUAACAAACACCACCCGAACCCGAGCCAGGCAUGUUUUUCAGUACCAGCGAUAUAUUAUCACGUUAUGAAGAGGGU